UUUAAAUUUAAAACUAUAUAAAAAUGAAAUUGUGGUCUUGGGGAGCAAACUCGCACGGUCAACUAGGCGCUGAAACCAUUAGCGAACAAGUAGAAAAACCAACAAAGAUUGUCCUACCAGAGUCGUGUAACAACGUAAAACAAAUAUCAUGUGGUGGUGGCCAUACUCUUCUUUUAGACAACGAAGGUAAACUUUACUCAUGUGGAUGGAAUUUAAACAAACAAUUAGCGAUUAAUGAAAAUUUAAAAGAAUCGGCAACAUUUAAAAGAGUGUGGUGUCUCAGCGGUAUCAAAUUCACAAAUAUAACAACAGGAUGGGACUUUAGUGGUGCUGUCUCUGAUGAUAACUUUUUAUUUGUCUGGGGCUCAAAUAACAAUGGACAAUUGGGACUGCCCAAACCACAAUUUUCCGAACUCCAGAAACCAUUUAGGUUACAAGUCAAUGCAUGUUCCAUUUCAAUGGGUUUAAGGCACACUGCUAUUGUUAAUUCUAAAGGUGAAGUUUGGGUCACUGGCUGUGGGAAACAUGGACAACUGGGUCUCGGAAAGGAUGUACUAAUUUCAGAUAGAUUUCAAAAAGUUUUAAAUGUUGGUAAAAUAACUCACAUUUCAUGUGGACAAAAUCAUACAGUUACUUGGUCUUCUAAAGAAAAUGCUUUAUAUGUAUGGGGUGAUAAUAAACAUGGUCAGUUAUUACUGCGUUGCAGUCAAAAACUGUGGCUAAGAAAUGUUUAUGAGCCACAAAAAGUAGAAAUAGGUGUGAAAAAGAAAGUCAGGAAGUUAUUAAGUGGAUGGACAAACAUACUGCUAUUGCUUGAAGAUGAUACAAUGCUUACAUGGGGUCGUAAUAAUUUUUACCAGCUUGGUACUGAUGAGCCAUUUACAGGAAAAUUAAUUACUUUAAAACUCCCAGGUAAUAGAGGAGUAAAAGACGUAGCCUUAGGUUCAGAGCAUACAAUAUGCUUGGCAGGUGACAAUACCAUAUGGGCAUGGGGUUGGAAUGAGCAUGCAAACACAGGCAUCUCUUUAGAUCCAGUCAUACCUUCUCCGACUUUAGUUCCCUUUGAUUAUGAUGGAAAUGAAGUAAUACAAAUCUAUGCAGGAGGUGCCCAUAAUUUUAUAGUAACCCAAGAGAAAAAUUAUGAAGAGUAACUAUUCUUUUAAGUAGCUGCAAUAUGAGACAAGUAUCAUUUGUUACUUAAUUUUUUUUUGUUUUAUG